AUUCAAAAUGGGACUCGGAAGCUUUCGAUACCGUCUAAUAAUAUUACUCUGCACUGCUCUCGUUUUGUACCAGUCAGCUAAGUAUUGGCCUUCUCUCCAAUUCAGCGAUGAUCCUCUCCAGUCUUCUGCAGCAAAAUCACUGGUGGCCCAAGAGCUAGUCGAAGGAAUAGAGAUAGUCGAACCGCCAAAGACCGAUGUUCAAAAGGUGCUGGUCUCCGUGUAUUACGAAGCCCUUUGUCCAGAUUCCCGAUUUUUCGUAAUCAAACAGCUAUCGCCAACGUUUCAAAAGAUACAAGAGAACAUGCAGAUAGAACUCAUACCAUAUGGCAAAGCCAAGACGAUGGAAACUCCCACUGGGUACGAAUUUACGUGCCAACACGGGCCACUUGAGUGUCAGGCAAAUAUUAUACAUGCCUGUGUUAUUGAUCUAGUCAAUGAUCAGUCAAUACAACUCGAUUAUAUUUCUUGCAUGAUCCAAGACAAUAUGGAGCCUGAGCGAGUUAUGCAUCAAUGUGCUGCCAAGGUUAAUCUAGAUGUCACACCGAUAGAGAAAUGUUAUAAGGGGACAAAAGGAAAAGAGCUAUUGGCCAAGUUUGGAGAAAUGACAGAUGACUUGUCUCCCAAAGUUACGUUCAUACCUACCAUUACCCUCGACAAGGACCCAAGUCAUCAGCCAGACAUUCUAAAAAAUCUGCUUAAAGCAGUAUGUUCGCGAUUGAACAGUCCACCUGCAGGGUGUGCAUAGCAUCACGUUGAUGUUAUUGAAGCUGUAGGUACAACAGCAUAAUACUAUUUUUCAAAAGGACUGUUCCUACAUAUCACAACGCUACCAACGAAAACUGUGCUUGAAUUACUCCAGUUAGCGGGGUGUAUAUCAGAUACAUUAUUUUACAAAAAAUUAUUGACUCCGAUUAUGUACGAGGAAUAAACGCGUUACAAUAUGUUUGAACUAACU